GCACCAUUUUCUCAAUCAUGCAGAGCUACUGCUCGGAUUCAACGUCAGCGAAGUCUUUGAUGAUAACAUGAAAAAGGUUGGAGUACAACUGUACAGGUACGCCUACAGUCAUCUGAAGAACGAGGCUGUGAAGAAGUGCCUUAAGGACAUUGAGGAUGCUAAAAAAACUCUAAAAAAUGUGACCCCCGAAUAUGACAGCACUCCGCUCCUGCUGCUGGCAAUCUUCGGUGAAGACAUUGAAUUGAUCUUCAAAAAUGUUGAGGAGAAUGCCACUGACUCGGAUCUGGGUGAUAUGGACCCAAGCCCGAUCAUAUGUGUUAAAGGAGCCAACAACUACACAGCAAGCGAGUUCACAAUUUGUGUUGACACAGUGCCGGUGAUGACCACAAGCAACAGGGCAGGCUCAUUCAAGUUGAUGUUCCUGCUCUAUUUUGUGCUGAACAUUUCGUUCCCAGAAGAAGUGAGCCUUACACUUGAAUUUAUUCAAAGGUAA